AUGUCUCUCCUGGUCAGGUUGAAUGAUUGUAAUCUGGCUCCAGACUGUUGUCAGGAGCUGUCAAGAUCUCUGGGCUUCAGCUCUAAUGAGCUGAAUCAUUUGAACUUAAGCGACAACAGAUUGAAAGACUCUGGAAUCAAGCAACUGUGUUCCGGACUCCUGGGUCCACACUGCAGACUGAAGACUCUGAAGUAAGUCCAAAGCUGACCAUGAUAAAAACCCUAAAAGGGGUCCACGCAUAAGACCCCUGAUUUCUUUGUGUUGUAAUUUACUUUGUUUUUCUCUUCAGGCUAAACCGAUGUGACCUGACUCAGAUGAGCUGUGAGUCCUUAGCUACAGUCCUGAGCUGUCCCAAAUCAGCCCUCAGGGAGCUGGACUUGAGUGACAAUGACAUUGAGAACUCAGGAGUGAAGUUGCUCUCUGAAGGACUGGGAAAACCAAGCUGUAAACUGGAAACUCUCAGGUAUCACUCAACAGAAACUGUUCCUCCAGUGGUUACAAAGAGUCACAACCUCCAGUUCAGGGUGAACUCUCUCCUUGUGUCACAGGUUGUCGUUCUGUAACAUCACUGAGGAGGGAUGUGAGUUCUUGGCCAAGGCAGUGAAGUCCAAUCCAUCCCACCUGAGCGAGUUGGACUUGAGCUACAACCACCUUGGACUUUUGGGAGUGAGGAUCAUCCAUGACGCUCUCGAGGAAGGACGGUGUGAAUUGACCAGACUCCGUGUUAGGUUUAAAACCUGCUUGCAUUUUACCUGAAAUAAAAAGGAGAAAGACAAUGGAUAAGUUUGAGUAAUGGACAGAGAUGUGUUUUGGAUAUCUCAGUACCACACUGAGGGUUCUUUUUCUGUCCGUGCUCUUUUAUUUAGUCCCUGGUUACAUAAUGUUUCUAAAGGGGUGAUAAAUGGUGCAGCAAAGUAAACAUUCUCAUAAAGCAUAAUGAACACUUGUGAAUAUGUGAAGGUCAAGGCGGCAUCUAAUGAGCUCCUUCUGAUAACAGCGGCACCUCCUCAAAAACUCCCCACGAUUUACCGCGGAGGAUCCAUCACUCACACACCCCCACCUGCUGAUAGGAAAGACAGUCACAGAAAACUGAAAGUAACAUUGUUGUGCUGUGUAGUAAAUCUAUUGAAGAGAGAAGUUAGGAAACACUCUUAUAUAAUGUAUAAAAAGAGGUCAAAACAGUUUAUACUUGUAGUCAACUCUUACAUAAGAAUAUGAGGAAUAAUGAUAACUUCUAUAUACAUUUAUGCACAUUAUUCUAACAUUUCCCUCCUGUUUAUCAUUACUUUGCUCAAAUUCUCAUAAUCCCUCUAGUUCAGCCACUUCUCUCGAUUUUCAGCUGCGAGUUCAUGUGUAUGACUACAAAGAAUUUACACCCGGAGGUACAAGAUGUUGCUUUAGUCAGAAUUAUACUCAUCAUCCGGAUUGGGGCACAGGUCAGGCCAUUGAGUGUCAUCAAGUCUGUCCUCCUCGUCCUGCUGAUGGAGCAGCGGGUACAGCUCCUGCAUCUGCUGCUCCACAGGGGACAACGCUGUGGUGAUAAGGCGGUUAAGAAGAGAACAAAUACAGAAAUACAACAACAUCCACACAAGGUCAAAUUAGCUGCAAAAACAGCAACAGAGAUUAGGACUGAAUCUACAAGAUUUUUGUAUUUUCCAAAUACAUUCAUCCAAUCAUCCCAAAAGGAGUUAUCUAUUCCUGAGUGGUCUUUCAUUUUGCUGUGAAGCGUUUUUAGGCCCUCUAUGGCUCGAGUGAGGCUACCAUCAGCAGCAGUGUCAUCAGGAAUGAACGUGCGACACGUUUCUCCAAACAUGGCACAUACACCUCCUUUUUCUGCCAGCAGCAUGUCAAGGGCUAUACGGUUUUGGAAAGCCAUCAGGGAUGUUGCAGAUAACUGCGAGUGAACGGCCUGAAAACCAGCCUCAGUCCAAUUACCUAGCUUUUGAACGUUGAAAUGGAUGUAGUUGAUUCUGAUUUGAUCUAUAUUUUUGUUCAUUGUACACCAAGGACAGACGAGAGACUCAAAGCCUGCAGCAAUUUGAUUUACUAGUUUAUACUCAUCUGGUACCUCACAAGGAACUAUCUAUAUAAAUCGGGUCUGACUCUGUUUGCUAAUUUCUUUUACUCUGGAGUGGCUCAACAAAGGAAUAAGACUAACUGCAGAGGUUAAAUUUGCCACACUGGUCUGGAAAGUUACAACAGUUAGGAUUAAAGUCACUAAGGUCCUAUUAUCAGUCUGCUGUCAUUCAGGUACAGCUACAGAAAACACAUACACUUUUGUUAUGGUUAGGGAAUUCCUAGUACAGACAUAGAAGUUAGACAGAUUCUUCAUUUUUGCUAGAUAUUUUUGCAUAUCUGUACCACAUGUUCACUUCAAAUUAGUUUUUCUUUAUUUAUUAUUUAUUGAGAGGGAUUACGAAGCAUUCCACUAUAUGUUAUUCAUAUCUUUAUUAAUAUUCUUCUUCCACCAUUUUUUAAUUAAUUUUUUUUAUUUUAUUUUGUGAUGUACCUUUAAUAAACAUAAGUAUAAGUGUUUAUUGACAAAACAAGCAUACACAAAAUCCCAUUGUAAACAGAAUAACUCAAACGCCUAGUAGCAGUUAAGCUAUGGUAAAGUUCUCAGUGUCUUCACCACAUGAAGCAACUGUGGUGUCCGUCUGGGUGAUUCAUACCCCCGCUCACUGUCUCUCAGGUUUGCUCUCUGCACAUGGUUGCCUUCAGAACAGCUGAAUGUGAUUUUUGAUUGGUAGUCACACAGGAUGUGAGGACUAUUGUUGUUGUCACUUCUCUUUCCUUCCUUAAGUUCAUCUGAAGUUGUAAAUAAUGUUUUCAGUAGGUAAAUUAACAGUUUCAGGUUUAGCAAAAGUCAGAUACUUAACUUCCCCAUUUUCCUAAGCUCCUAAGGAAUUCAACACCAUCUAAUCUUCACUGACAUUGAGACGAACGCCCACUAUAAGGACGCCCCCCUUUGAAGUCAGACUUUCCUAACUAAAACCCAUAUAGGUUUUUUUUGCAAUGGGAAAGAUGUAUCCAACUACUUCUUUGUGCUAUUUUUACUGCUGUGGGUGUCAUUAGCAGUACCUUUAUUUAUUUAUUUAUUUUUUUUUAUUUCCUUCCACUUACUUCAACAUAUUAAAAACCAUUUAAACUUCAGGAGAUUCCAGCUUAUAUUCAAAAUUUUCCUAACAUUCUUCCUUUCCGAGAUAUUCCAGGUUUUCAACCAAUUUUUCUUAUUAGAAAUACAUUACGGAAUUUUUAAAUUGGCCCUUUUCUCACAUUUUCUUUACACAACUUUAAAAGACUUCAACUCCUCUAUACAUUCAGAUUAUGAUCAUUUUAAUUUUUUCAGUUUUAAAUCAUUUCAUUCUUCAUUCAGUAUUCAAUUUUUUUUCAAACUAAUUUCAACUCAAUUACACAGAUUUAAACCUUUCUGAAUCAUCAAAUCUCAUAGCUUUCACAUAAUUUUUGAACUUAAAGCAUUUACAAUAGCAUCUUAGCAAUUACAAUUUUAGCUGGAGCAAUCCAUCUCGCAAUUUCUUCAGAAAUUGCAUUUUCUAGUUAUUAUUAUUUAUUUAUUUAUUUAUUUUUUAAAAUAAUUUAUGAAUCAAUAGGGUUAACUACUACACUCCUCCCUCCUGUCGAGACAUGGCAAGGCCCAUGACUCGCUAUUACUAUCUCUCAAGCUCUCUCUGUGUGUUGAUUUGACAAAAAUCUUUUGUUUGGAAAACCUAAUCUGUGAUAGUUUAUGUCUAAGAACUGUCUUCUUUACACCGGAGCCACACAAAAAGGUUAAGGGUAAACCAUGAAUCAUUAACUAUAUCUGCGGUGUUAUGUCUGCACAAUGUAUGCCUUCUCCAAAUGACUGUUGCAGCUCCGCUGAUACAGGAAAUCUGUCCUGCCACAAGUUAUUACACUGUUAAAUAACUCACAUAUGUCAGACAGGGACUCACGCCUGUCUGCUGUAUAGUCCAUUCUUAAAAACUCCUAUCACAUCAUAUUACAGAGCACCUUAAAUUGUAUAUCUAUCAUCCCAUCUGUAAUAUUUCUCAUUUCAUAUUUAUUACUCAUUUCAUAUUUUUUACUAAUUUCAAUAGUCCACGUUCUUCAUAUCUCACUUUUAUCUCUUAGGAUGUUUAGUAUAUUUAGCCUAUAUUUAUUGUUUAUACUUAGUAUUUUUAUUAUUUUUAGUCUGCAUUGUACUACUUCUUAUAUUUAGUUUUAUAUUUACUUUUUGCUACUAUAACAAGAGAAUUUCCCAGUUUGGGAUCAAUAAAGUAUAUUCAUCAAUCUAUCUAUCAAAAUAUCUUUAUAUAUUUAUUUAUCUUCUCCAAGUUUAGCACUUCUUCCUCCUCUGUCUCGUCUCUGUUCACACUUUCUCUUUAUUUAUGUCAAAUAACAUUUGCUGUCUCUCCCUCUUGUAGUCCUGCUUGAUACGUUUUUCUACAGCUCUUCACCUAGUGACAAAAAAGCUCUACAAUUCUCUGAUGUUGUGGUUCAUGACCUUGGUCAGGGUACUAUUCUUUAUCUCUUUGCUCUUGUGAUUCAUAACUCUUGUCAAAACUUCUAUUUCCUCUAUUGUGUUCUCUAUUGAAAUUUCUGCCUCUUAACCUGCUUCUUUCUUGUUUUCUUUGUCAUAGUCAUCAAACGGUUUAUCAUCUCUCUUAUUAUUCCAUAGUCGUCCUAUUUAUCUCAUAUAGUAUGAAAUUCAUUGUCACAUUUGGAGUUAAUCUUAAGUUAAAUAGCAUUAUAGAGAGGGUUUUUAAUUCCGAGUUAGCUUUGGUGUUCUCUGCACUUUACUAUGGUUACUUCUUUAAGUUCCAAUAAGGUAUAAUAUCAAUCAGUUGGUUCAAAUGUUUAACAGGGAUGCCAGCUGAGGUCAGAAAACCUCUUCUUCUCCAGUGACACGUCUACAUGUACAACUUAUACUUCAUAGACUGUAACAGUUUAGUCACAGUUUUGUCUUUUAAUAGCUACAUGCUUCUGCAUAGGGAGGGAUUCUUUGGUUGCUGUGUCUCUGGAGGAGUCAAGGUCGUAACUGGCAUGUGAUGAAUCAUUUUGUCAUUUGUGCAGAGAACAGAGACUGUACAGAGAAUUUAACUUGCUAAAAAUUUGCAGUCUGCAUCAAACCUUUCUGCCUUUUUAACUGCCUUUUCUACCUUUCAUUUCUGCAUCAUUAUCAGUAUUAUUAUUAUAAUUAUUAUUAUUAUUAAAGUUGUUUUUACUUAUAGCUUUUGAUCUCGUCCUGACUGCUCACGCCUUCCUCCCUUUGAUUUGUUAUUGCAAUUACGGCUAUAUGUCCCUCCUUUCCACAUGCCCAGCAACAUGUCCCUCUUUGAUUUGCUCCUCCUGGUCUGGGCCUAUCUUGUCCUCUACCUCUGAAUCCUCUUCUGCUUCUCCCCUUUUUUCUCCUCCUUUCUCCAUCCUCUCUGGCUUUUGCUACUUUUUUCCAUUCAUCAAUCAUUUGACACCCAUAUUUUAUGCUUAUGGAGUCUUGUAGUUUAUUUAAUUGGCUUGUUCUUAGGCUGCCAUCAAAUCCAAAUUUAGUUACCCAUAAUUCGAGGAAUUGUAAUUUUUCUGGCUCUUUUUCAAAGAUUCUCCAAUCUUGACAUCUUAAUUCUUCCAAAAUAGCCUUACUGGUUUCCGUCUCCAUUUUUAUGUGUUUUGGUCCAGCUUAGGUGACACCUAGGGUGUCCUAUUAAGCUGGGUUCUUUCAAUGGGGUAGUGAUAAAAAUUCCUUAUGUGGUAAUUCUCGCUUCUACUCUUGCGAGUGGAGAAUUCUUGCCUUUGCUUCCACAAUAAGGUCACUACUUACAAUCCCACUGUUUUGGUAUGAAUAGGAUAUAUCUAGUGAUAUAUGCCUAUUCCAAUCACUCUCACACUUUCACAAUCACACUUUUAACACGUGUUUUGUUCUGCAGAAUUUUUCCUUUUUUUUUUUUUCUUUUUUUCUUUUUUUUUUUCAAUUAGGCCUUUGUCAACGGUACCACACCGGACCCGCGCGUCUUCAUCGGAAUUUAAACUACUUCUAGUAGGACUCCGGCACCCUUCUUCGGAAUUUAAACUAUUUCUAGUAGGACUCCGGCACCCUUCUCGGAAUUUAAACUAUUUCUAGCAGGACUCCGGCACCCUUCUCGGAAUUUAAACUAUUUCUAGUAGUAGGACUCCGGCACCCUUUUUGGUCUUUUAUAAAUUCUCUACGCGAAGUGAAUUUCAAUCAUUCCACGCUCCUUUUUAUAAAAGACCAACUCACCACUUGUCUUUCCCCUUGGCUUCGGAUUUCCGUCAACCGUCGGAUCCCAGCAGGCAGGUCGAGUCCAGUUCCUCAAAGAGGUCUUCAAGACUCAUCCUAAAGAGUCUGCCGUGGCCACGGUCUUAUCUGUCGUCCACCUCACCUGCUGGAAUCGUCUGGUCUAUUGGAAUCCGGCUCGAAGGACCAAAGAAAUGUUAGGUUUAAAACCUGCUUGCAUUUUACCUGAAAUAAAAAGGAGAAAGACAAUGGAUAAGUUUGAGUAAUGGACAGAGAUGUGUUUUGGAUAUCUCAGUACCACACUGAGGGUUCUUUUUCUGUCCGUGCUCUUUUAUUUAGUCCCUGGUUACAUAAUGUUUCUAAAGGGGUGAUAAAUGGUGCAGCAAAGUAAACAUUCUCAUAAAGCAUAAUGAACACUUGUGAAUAUGUGAAGGUCAAGGCGGCAUCUAAUGAGCUCCUUCUGAUAACAGCGGCACCUCCUCAAAAACUCCCCACGAUUUACCGCGGAGGAUCCAUCACUCACACACCCCCACCUGCUGAUAGGAAAGACAGUCACAGAAAACUGAAAGUAACAUUGUUGUGCUGUGUAGUAAAUCUAUUGAAGAGAGAAGUUAGGAAACACUCUUAUAUAAUGUAUAAAAAGAGGUCAAAACAGUUUAUACUUGUAGUCAACUCUUACAUAAGAAUAUGAGGAAUAAUGAUAACUUCUAUAUACAUUUAUGCACAUUAUUCUAACACUCCGGUAAAGAACAGGUUGUUGUUUUGUGUAUUCAUACCGCUGUGACACAACCCGCCCAGGCUGAUGAACGUUUCCUCUUCUCCACAGAGUCGAUCACAACAAAGAACACUGGUUUAAACCAGGACUGA